UGGCACUAUAAAUGCAGAGGCAUGGCCCAUUGCAGAUAUACUCCUGGUUCUGAAAGGAAUAGAAACAUGAAGAUCCUUUACGUUCUCUUUGCUGUUCUUCUUCUUGGGCUCCUGCAAGGGCCAGGGGUUGCCGAGGCAAAGAUCAAAACCCGUGGAGAAUGUGAAGCUUCGUGGGGUGGCUGCUACACCUUCUUCUGCCCUCGUGGCUCUUCUGAAAUUGGGAAAUGCAGUUUUGCAAAGAAAUGCUGCGUAGGAAUUAUUGGAAAGUGAUGGCAUGAUCCCACCAAAAAGUGAGAGUCGCAGGGGCUACAUCCUUUGAGAUCUUAUGGAAAAUGGCCAACAGAACAGCUUGCAAAUGCUUCAUCCUUUCUUCCACAACCAUUGGAAUCAACAUACAUCAAAAAAUCUCUCGCUGCUGGACAGAAAUUUGGCAAAAUUACUCUUCCUCUUGCAAAUAAACUUGCAGUGAAAUUUUGGAGUGCCUCAUUUCAAAGGGAUUCAGAAAAGAGCCCCAUUGCCAUUCAUUCAGAAUUAUUAACUAGGCUUGAGCGAUCCAUGAAAAAAUUGAUUCUAAACUCGCUUCAAAAGUAGGGGGCGCUAGCGUUUCGUUUUUGAUGUCAUUUCCGAAUUUUGCCCCUCAAAAAUUUAGAAAUUUAACGAAAAUUCGUUAAUUUCAAAAGUAAUUCGUUAAUGGUGGACACGCAUGCGCAGUGGCAAAAAAAGCACGGGGGGGAGACUUUACAGGUCUCUCCCGCCCUCAUUUUUUGAGCUAUCUUCUUCAAACUUGGUACAGUGGUAGAACACAUUUAACACCGAUAGCUCACCAAAACAUUUCCCUUAUCCUCUGAUUUUUGGUGAAUUUUUAUAGCUUUUAUAAUAAACCAUUUUAUAAUAAUUGCAGAAAUCUGUUCCUGGUUUGGAAGUCUUAUUUCCUGUUUCAUUGGAUUGUC